UCACUCCAUCCACGGUCACACUAGUUCUUUAUGUUUUAAAAAAAUCGCCCAUCUGAUCGGACUUACUUUGUCGCGGGUAAAUAAUAGUUUUUGUUUGGCAUGUCUGCGAAGUACUCGACUGUUCUGUAGCAAUAACACAUGGGCCACAGCAAAGAGAUCAAACAUAAACACCCACAAUUCCGAUUCUGAUUCCAAGUAGUUGCAGUUCUUCAGCCGUACAUUCCUUAAAUCCGGCGAAAUGGAGAACCGUGUUCCAUUGGCUCGGGCCAUCGGCGGCUACAUCUUUGGCCUUCUACAGGCCGUCAUUCGUUUUAUCUUCCGGCUGAUCUAUGGCCACAAAGGUGAGAGUGUUCCCCCGAUCACGGACCCCAUUCUGUUGGAGUCGGCCACAUCGCUGGCCAGGAAGAUCCGCAAUCAAGAGCUAAGCAGUGUCCAGGUUCUGGAAUCCUUUAUCCGGCGCAUUAAGGAGGUGAACCCCGUUCUAAACUGUGUGGUGGAUGAGCGGUACGAUCAAGCUUUAAGGGAAGCAGCUGAAGCGGAUGCCUUGAUCAAAUCUGGUCAAUACAGCGUAGAGGAGCUGGCCAAACAGAAACCCUUCCUGGGAGUGCCCAUCACAACCAAGGAUUGCAUAUCGGUCAAGGGCAUGCUUCACACAGCUGGACUCUACGAACGUCGGGAUGUGCGCGGUUCGCAGGAUGCGGAUGCCAUGGCUUUGAUGCGCAAGGCUGGAGCCAUUCCCUUCGCCCUCACCAAUGUUUCCGAGGUGUGCAUGUGGUGGGAGAGCAACAACACAGUGCACGGAAGGACGAGGAAUGCCUAUGACACGAACCGCAUUGUAGGCGGAUCCAGCGGUGGCGAAGGCUGCAUCCAGUCGGCGGCUGCCUCCGCCUUUGGCUUGGGCUCGGACAUUGGCGGCUCUAUUCGAAUGCCGGCUUUUUUCAAUGGCAUUUUUGGUCACAAGCCCAGCAAGCUGGUGGUGUCCAAUGUGGGUCAGUUCCCAGCUCCCUUCAGUGAGGAGCAAAACUCUUUCCUGGGCCUGGGGCCCAUGUCACGAUUUGCCGAGGAUUUGCGACCCAUGCUGAGGAUUAUGGCGGGCGAGAAGGCUGCACUGCUCAAUCUGGACGAGGAUGUGGACCUGAAAAAAAUGAAUUUCUUUUAUCAAGAGUCUGAUGGCGGUGGCCGUUUGAUUUCCCCCGUUGAUCCUGAUUUGAGACAGGCCAUGAAACUCGUGGUGCAGCAUCUGAGCGAGAAGUUUGGCAGUCAGAAAGUCGAGCGCAUCCAGUUGCCACAAUUCCGCCAGUCGGCUGCCAUCUGGUUCGCCAAUAUGCGCGACGACAGCGGCCAUGGAUUCGCCUACCAGCUGGGCAACCUGACGCACGAUAUCAACACGUACCUGGAGUUGUUCAAGUGGCUGUUUGGUGCUUCCAAACACACAUUUAUUGGCCUGUCAACGGCUAUCAUGGAUAGUGCCCAGUGCAAGCACGGGUCGCCCAAGUACGACCACCUAGUGCGAAAGCGUAAUGAGCUGAGGUCGGAGCUUCAGAGCUUGCUGGGCGAUAACGGAGUCCUGAUCUACCCCACGCAUCCGACGGUGGCUCCUUAUCACAAUGAGCCCAUUACGCGACCCAUUAACUUUGCGUAUACGGGUAUUGUGAAUGUGCUGGGCUUCCCGGCUACUGCUGUGCCGUUGGGCAAAUUGGGAAGUGAGGGCCUGCCGCUGGGCGUACAAAUUAUCGCCAACUUCAACCAGGAUCGGCUGUGUUUGGCUGUGGCAGAGGAACUAGAGCGAGCCUUCGGCGGCUGGGCCAAGCCCGAAGUUCGCCUGUAAGGCAAGUCUCAACUAUUUGCGUACCCGUUAGUAUGCAGCUUAGCUAGAUGUUAGAUAGUAGUGAUCAGGGCAUACUUUUGGACUCCACCCUUAACCCACUCUCCCGUUCAAAAUCCCACCCACCAAAGCAUUCGCCUGGUGAUAAAAGGUAUUCCUUGUAAUAUCACUUUUCGAUGUGGUUUUAUCUAUUUUGUAUGUGUUUUUAAUCGUAAACUAAUCAAUGAUCGUAAGGAUCUGUUCCCGUUUAGCAUUUAUAAUAAAUAAUUGCAACCUAA